AGGGAAGAGAGGCUCCUCAUAGGGCCAUAAACUUGGGGAGCCAUGAAGCUUCUUCAACACAGCCAGAGUUUCUUCUCCCUCCUCCUAGUUCUCGGAUUCUCUCAGGCUCUUCUCGCUGAAAAUCCCCAAGUUUUGUUCCCUGAAAACUCUCAGAUUUCAAUCAAUGGAACAGUUGGUCAGUCUGUUCAUCUGCCUUUUCCCUUCAGAUUCAGGACAUCAGUUCCCAAUCCUCUGACUGUUAAAUGGUAUUUCACUGGGAAUGAAAUACUUGGUGCCUUCACAGGCCAGAACUGCUCCGUCAGCACUGACUGGGGGAAUCUCACUCACUGUGCAGAAAAGUCAUUCACUCAAGGUCCGCACCAUCAAGGUCGAGUGGAAUUGUCUCUUGAAGUCCCUUCUCUGCUCCUCUGGAACCUGACACUCAACGACAGUGGAGUCUACGUUGCUGCAGUCAGUGGAGUGAAUGGGUCUAGAGCAAUAACGCUGUCAGUGACUGACAGUGCUCUCCCCAGGUCAAAUGCUACAACAUCGGAGCCCACCUCCCCCACUGCCACCACAGGCAGCAGCCAAGACAAACGUACUCUGCUCUUGAUCAUCCUCAUUUCUGUAGGCAGUUCAGUUUUCAUUGUUUUACUUCUGCUGCUGCUGUUCUGCAACGUAAGGCACCAAGGUGUAGUUCGGUCAAAGAAAAUCAUCAGGAAGCCAGAGGUUCCCCCUGCUGAUGAACGCACUGCAGAUCUCCUUCCAUUUGGGCACCAGGCAAUGGCCCAGAGUCAAAACGUAACCUCCCUGGAGCUGCAGUCUAUGUAUGCAACCUUGAAUUUCCCAGCUAGAACAAGUAGCUGAGGCAACACAGCUAAUCUCAGGACAGAGCCCAGCCACCAGACCACCAACUUCACAGGCUGAGAAUACAGCCUGGGGGGCAGAUAUUCACCUCUUUCUCUAGGGUCAAAUUCAUCCCGGUGGUUCUGGGGAGGAGCCACCAUAUCCAGAUGUCCAGAGAGAUUGAGAGGGAUGAAUUUUGUCCUUUGGGAAAAGACAUCUCACUAGCCUGGGCCACCUGUUGCUUCAAUCUCACCCUGUUUGGCAAAACCCCAUGGACUCACACAUGCCCCCAUGGAGAGACCCUGAAUGGCUUCUAGGUUGUUAAUCUGAAACCCUGAAACCCUUAAUCCAGCCCGAACACCAAUCCUUCUUCCUGCAGGAAGCUGGAGGUGACCCCAAACCAGGUCGGAUUUCUCCAAACAACUCCAGCACACAGAGGAGCCUAUAGUUCAGCAGAACUGGACUAUCUUCAACAAGCGCAGUGAAAGAAACCAGGAGAGUCACCUCAUUAAGUUCACCUCAUUGAUAUCUCUUCUAACACAACUCUGUACAGUGGCCAGAGGCCUGACUGGAGCCUUGUCAAAACUACGGGAACUAAGCCCAUUUCACCUGUAUCACUGACUCUUAUUUAUUCCCCUCUACCCUGUGUGCUUUGGUGAGUGUUUGAAUGACCCACUUUGCUAAGUCUUCAUUAGCAUAUAAAGCAAUUAAUUCAAGCAGAAAAAUAACCUGCUUUUGCUGAACAUUACCUAAAUGAUUGUCUGAAGGUUGUGGAGAUUUGCCCCGUGGUCAGCCCUCCAAGAGACAUUCGCAUUUUCAACUCAGACAUUGUGAAGUUUUUUCUAAUCAACAAACCGGUCUUUGAAGGGAAAAUAACUUUCAGAUACAGGCACCAUCAAAGGAUGGGUCACAGAGAAGUUGCUUUCAAGUGCAAAAAAGGAGGUGUGUAACAUAUCUGCAGCUGGCAGCCUCUAACUUUUGAUGUGAAAUAUUCAGCACCCAUACACAGAGCAGCAGGUUUAUUAAUAGUUGUUCUGGGCAUUGUUUAAAACGAUUCUAAACAGUACCUGCCUUAGAUUUUAUUUUAACCUCCUCUUCAAGCUACUGAAUUUGAAACUUUUGCUAAGUGUUUCGGUCAGGAAAGAGCUUUGUGAAAACUAUUUAAGGAACUCAAUGUACAGGUUUUCUGUAUGAAUUUGGUUUUAUAUUCUAAUAAAGUAUGGAAAGUUC